AUGUCGGAGUUUUGGUUAAUUUCUGCCCCCGGCGACAAGGAAAACUUACAAGCCCUGGAGAGGAUGAACACGGUAACCUCCAAGUCCAACCUGUCUUAUAACACCAAGUUCUCGAUUCCUGACUUCAAGGUGGGGACCUUGGAUUCCCUUGUUGGCCUCUCUGAUGAGCUGGGGAAACUCGAUACCUUUGCUGAAAGCCUCAUAAAGAGGAUGGCCCAGAGCGUGGUAGAAGUUAUGGAAGACUCCAAGGGGAAGGUUCCGGAGAACCUCCUGGCCAACGGAGUUGACUUAACAUCCUUCGUGACCCACUUUGAGUGGGACAUGGCCAAAUAUCCUGCGAAGCAGCCACUGGUGAGCGUCGUGGAUACUCUAGCAAAGGCCAGCCUGGGUGACCCCCGACCUGGCUUCUAUGGGGACCCACGCGAUGGCUCAGCCCCGACCAGCGCCGGGUCCCCAGGCUCAGCUGGGCCCAGCAGCCCCUUCCGUUCUGCGCAGGGGUCCCGUGUUGAGGUGUGCCUCCGGAGGCCGUCCGAUUACAACAUCGGACGUGAGGUGGACGUGGCGGGGUGGUUUCCCACCAACGAGCUCUGCCCUGCUUCGCUACUGAUCGCCGAGGACAACGAGGGCGGCCUCUUCACGGUGACCCUGUUUCGAAAAGUGAUCGACGAUUUCAAAACCAAAGCCAAAGAGAACAAGUUCACUGUCCGUGAAUUUUACUAUGAUGAGAAAGAGAUAAAGAGGGAAAGGGAAGAGCUGAGCCGUUUGCUGUCUGAUAAGAAGCAACAGUAUCAAACUUCCUGUGUUGCUCUUAAAAAGGGAUCAUCCACCUUCCCGGACCACAAGGUUCAGGUAACCCCGCUAGGGAACCCCGAUAGGCCCGCUGCGGGGCAGACGGACAGAGAGAGAGAGAGUGAGGGCGAGGGAGAGGUGGCUUUUGAGGGCUCAAAUCAAGGAGCCCAGCAUCAAACGCCUUUCCUCCUCAUCCGGGGGGCCUCCUUGGAGCUGCCCCCCGCCCCCGGCAGUGGAUGGUGCUUGCUGGCCAGGGUGCCCCCCGCCCUGUCUGGAGAUCCCAAGCCUCAGGGCGGGCUCAGAUGCCUCUGCUCCCUCACCCUCGCCUCCUACGCCCACUCCUGCACCCCACGACGCUUCUGGUACGGACUUCCAGUGAAUUUCCAGGCGGUGCUCCUCCAGCCUCACAAGAAGUCCUCCACCAAACGUUUAAGAGAGGUUCUGAACUCUGUCUUCAGACAUCUGGAUCAAGUAGCGGCGGCAAGCGUGUUGGAUGCGUCUGUGGACAUCCCGGGACUGCAGCUCGGCAACCAAGACUACUUUCCUUACGUCUAUUUCCACAUCGACCUCAGCCUGCUCGACUAG